AACGCGCUUCCCUGGUUCUCCCAAAAGCUCAGUGGGAGGUGAAGCCGCCGUACGCCCUGUCGCACCGUACGUUGUUCAAGGCAGGCGCGUGGAGUGAUGCAAAGAUGGCGGAGCUGCAGAUGCUGCUGGAGGAGGAAAUUCCAGCGGGUCGCAGGGCGUUACUGGACAGUUACACCAACCUCGAAAGAGUCGCCGAAUACUGUGAAAGCAGCUACGUGCAGUCUCCAGACAAGCACAUCGCUCUAGAGGAAACCAAGAACUACACAACUCAGUCCCUGGCCAGCGUAGCCUACCUGAUCAACACACUCGCCAACAAUGUGCUGCAAAUGCUUGAUAUCCAGGCGUCCCAGCUACGUCGCAUGGAGUCCUCCAUCAACCACAUCUCUCAGACAGUGGACAUCCAUAAAGAAAAAGUGGCAAGGCGGGAGAUUGGUAUUCUCACAACCAAUAAGAACACCUUCCGCACCCAUAAAAUCAUUGCUCCAGCCAAUCCUGAGAGGCCCGUGCGGUACAUUCGCAAAUCUAUCGACUACAGCGUCAUGGACGAUAUCGGUCAUGGUGUGAAGUGGUUGCUUAGAUUUAAGGUCAGUAACCACAAUAUGAAAAUGGGCAGCCUUCCUCGUACCACACCUCCCACACAGAAACCACCCAGCCCCCCAAUGCCAGGAAAGGGCACCAUAGGGAGGCAUUCCCCCUACAGAACACUUGAACCUGUGCGUCCUCCUGUGGUACCUAAUGACUACGUCCAAAGCCCCACACGCAAUAUGGUGCCCAUGCAGCUGCAAAGUCCUGUGCGCACCGCGUCGGUUAAUCGGAGGCAUCGUACUUACAGCAGCGGGAGCAGUGGCGGCAGUCAACCCAGCAGCAGUCGAAGCAGCAGUCGUGAAAACAGCGGCAGUGGCAGUGUAGGCGUUCCCAUUGCAGUACCCACACCUUCUCCACCCAGUGCCUUCCCAGCUGCUGUUGCUGGUCUCUCCAGUGCACCCUUAAUUCCAACUAACUCCACACAGCCCUUGGUCACUUCCUCUAGUUUAACCCCUACCCAACCCUCACUCAGCCCCACUGCAGUCACCGAGUCUCUCCCCACUCACCCCGACACCACUGAAAGCUCUCUGGCCCUGGCUAAGGGCUGUGAACCCUCCCAACCACCCUUCACUUCAGCUGCAGCUUGUGCUACAACCAGUCCUGAAACCGGCGGUCCUCAGUUCUACAGUAUGAACAGGCCCGUCCCCAGACAGAUCACACCCACAGUGGGUGGGUCUCUGCCAUAUCGCCGGCCACCCUCAAUCACGGGCCAGGCUUCCAUGCCCCCCAACCAGCAAAACGGAGGACCCUAUUACAAUCAGAACCAAGCCUCAGUCACCCCCCCUCCCCCAUCCAUCCUGCAGAUCACACCCCAGCUUCCACUGAUGGGUUUUGUGGCUCGUGUUCAGGAAACCAUUUCAGAUUCACCUCCCCCACCUCCCCCUGCAGAAGAGCCUGUGUCUGAGACGACGCAGCAUCAUCAAACUCCUCCUCCUCCUCCAGUGGAGUAUGAGGAAGGGGAGUCUGCUGUGGUGGAGUACAGUGACCCGUACGCUGAAGAAGACCCACCCUGGGCUCCUCAAACCUAUUUGGAGAAAGUGGUGGCAAUCUACGAUUACAGUCGAGACAAGGAAGAUGAGUUGUCUUUCCAGGAAGGGUCCAUCAUCUACGUGAUUAAGAAGAAUGAUGAUGGCUGGUUUGAAGGCGUGAUAAACAGCACUACAGGACUCUUCCCUGGAAACUACGUUGAGUCCAUCGUGCACUACAAAGAGUGAGAAUGUCAUCUGGCUUAACCCCUCAACACCAGUGAUAAUCUUACCAGGCAGAGAAUUGUAUGAAUUCAAACUACCAUGCUAAUAACCAGGCUGUCUUCAGAGACGAGUGGAGAACACUUUACUGUUGUGAAGCUGAAUAUUCAAACUUAACAGCCUGAAGGACAUUGAGAUAACUCACACUACUAGAUGAAGUGUAUAUAUAUUGAUGACAAUAAAAACCAUUAACGAGUUUACUGUUACUGGAAAUGAAGGUUAGGAUGUCUAUAAGCUAGAACUGGAGUGGGUACCAUUGUUGUCUUCUAGUUUAUAACCUUUGCUCAUUCCACAUUGCUGUGUUUUGGGAGGCAGAACUGGGGCUGACUGAAAUUGAUUAUUUUUUUUGGAAUAACCUGAGGUUGGUUCAUGGUGUUUUACAGUGAGGUGUUGUACAAAAAGGGAAUUAAUUCCAAUCAUAUUGUACUUGAAGCUUUGAGCCUUCACGAGGAACAGAGAAAGUGUGGAAUUGAUUAGACUGAAUAUCGAGAAGUUGUUUUCUAUUUAUUCCAUGUUGUGACAACUUUUUUUAUUUGUGUGUAAAGUCUAUGUAAAGUAUUGUCUGAUUUAGCUGGUAUCUUCACUAUCUAAUCUAAUUCAUUUAAUUGAAAAUGUAUAUUUGUGACCAAAGUGCAAAAAGUAAAAGUUUUGUCCACAUUGGGACAGACUCAUUUGCACACAUCAACCCAUGGUUACCUUUUACCAUAAAUGUAUUUCAUGCAUUUACAGUUUUAAUCCACUCUGCUGUUUAUAAAUUGUGAUAUGGUUUGUCAUUUUGAUGUUAACUUAAGAAUCAGUCAGCCCCAACACACAUGCAGUACUAGACAAAUCUAAUAACCCCAUGAUCUUUUUUUUUUUACUUUUAAAUAUUGUGUUGAUGUUAACCAAAUGCCUAAUACUGGUUAAUAUUUGCUAUGUAUAUGUAGACUGCAUGCUUAAUAAAAACAAACUACUCAUAUUUCAAUUGGGUUUUUUUUUUUUUCUAUUUCUCUCAUUUUGCUCUCAAAAAUAUUUCAUUUGCUACACUAUUGCUCUUUGUGAGUGCUUAUGAAGAAUUAAACUUACUCUUAUUGCAGACAUUUGUACACCUAAUAAGUAAAAUCUUUUCGAUAUUUCGAAAUACCUGACAUACAAAUGGAAAUCUGCCUAGCAGUCUAUGUAAAUUAUUUCUUAAAAAAAAUCCAUAUCCUUAUAAUUAUGAACGACUGAAAAAUUAAUCGGUAAAAAGUGUGGGAACCCUGUAUAUCAUUAGCUUCUCAUUACUCAUUUGUUGUUGAUGCUUGUUAUACCCUGUUAAAGGGUCAGUAAACCAGCCUGUGGGUGUCUGAGUGUGCCAAAAUCUGCUGAACACAAAGAUUUUUAAAAGAAUAUCUCUGCUCUGUUGGUCCUUUUACAAUGCAAGUGAAUGAUGAUCAAAACUUGACAAAGUCAGCAUAAAAUUAAUCCAUGUGACUCCAGUGGUUUAAUCAAUGUCUUCUGAAGUGAUUCAGUUGGUUUUGUGUGAGAACAGCCCAAAAUAUAACCUCUUUUUCACUAUAAAUCUUGACAUCAGCAGUCUCCUUGGCAUUCAUGGUUUCAAGCUCCAUUAAGAAUCUAUCCCUUCUGAAGACAUGGAUUAAACCACUGGAGUCAUAUUUAUUACUUUUAUGAUUUUAUCUCCUUUUUGGAGUUUUAGAGUUCUGGUCACCAUUCACUUGCAUUAUAUGGACCUACAAAGCUAUCAUAUUCUUCUAAAAAUAUAUUGUUUGUGUUCAGCAGAAGAAAGUCAUUCACAGAGUGAGUAAAUGAGUGAAAAUUCAUUCUUGGGCGAACUGAAGAUGUGUGAUGUGGAAAUUAAGUCCAAACUUUACCACCUUACUGUGAGGAUUAAUUUGGGUGCUCUUGAAGUGUUUAAAUACAUUGUCGUGCCAUUUUGUAAUGUUAUUGAAAUCUGUGUACAAGCUAUUCUUUGACCAUCACUUUUCAGUAGUUUACAGGUUGGCAGGAUCUCUAAAUCUCCAUCAUGAAAUUUUAUUUGACUCAAUCGUUCAAAGGUGGAGGUUUCACUAGCAGGGUAGAACGAGGUGCUAAGUAUUCCUCGCUCUACCCUGCAGUAAUACCUGACAUAAUGUGACAUUCAGAGGUUUUAGUGUCACUCGUACCACUGUCUGGGGUAAACACCACAGAAAGAUGAAUGUUUUUAUUUUAACAUGAAAAGUGAUUUUUGUAAACAUGUAAAAUUAUAAUGGUUGAAUAUUUUUUGUGUGCAAAUACAUAUAUCCUGAAUAAAAAUGUGGACAUCUGGAUUUCAAUGUGUCAAAGGGUGUAACUGAAACAAAAUUCUUAAAUGCAUUUUAACCUUUUCCCUUCCAGUACUCCAUUAGUGACUUUUAUUAUAUUUUCCAAACUUCCUCACUCCUUAACAAGUGUUUCACUUCCAUGUGCCAGACCCAGAGGUGUAUCGGUACUGACAAACUAAUUAAAAAGUGGUUUGAUAAUGUUGCUGUUUAAUACGCACUGUGUAUUUCAGUUUUUCUCAAUUGCUUUGGCUCAAUUCUCAAAUUAGAUUUUUUUUUUUUCAAAACAUUAAGUUCAAAUCUCUGAACAAUUAGUUUCUUGUUCUCACCAGAUUUGAAUUUCUUAUUAAUUUAAGCAAACUGCAAGAGUAAGUACAUAUGUCUACAGUUUGCACAAUAACUAUAAAUAAAUGCUCAUGGCUUGCUGGUCAAAACUGAUGAGUUGAUUCUCAGUGAAAUUGUCAUACUCUUCCCACCUUCUAAACAUUCUGUCAUCGUGUGAGCCAUCACAUGCAAAAUCAUCCAUUCAGUUAUCAUAAUCUGUCAGACAGAUAUGUAUAUUCCAUAAAUAUCUAUGACAUGGAAUGUUUGUGAUGUCUGCUAAAUCUCUGACCAGACCAACAAGAGCGACGAGAUGUCCACCAAUAGAUGUGAACUUUGUGUUACGUAGUGCGAGGAGGUACAGUUUAUUGUUCUUUAAUAGAGCUACCACAGGUUUUGUCAUUGUUUUUUUUUUUUUUUUGCAUGGAUCUCAUUUUGUGGCAAUUUUCUGUUCACUGUAUAUGACUUUACAUGUAAGAAAUGUGUAAAAAUGGACAUGUGAAUGUAACACAU